AUGAAGAAGAUCAUAGAGAACCAAACCGCGUUCAGCGUGAAUCUUGCAGAGGAGAAGACUGAGCUUCUUUUCUCCAAGGAGCAGCUUGUGGGCGUUCCUGACAACACCCUCGCGACAUUCGGCCGAAAGGAGGACGCCUACAUCGUCACCAUGAAGUAUCCCGAUGUGUUCGGAGUGCUGGAGAACUGCUCGGUCAGUGACACGCGUCGCCAGGUCAUGACGGCGUUCAAUAACCGUGGUGGACAGAAGAACCUCGAUCUCCUGACCGAAACGAUCGAGCUGCGAAAGAAGGCUGUGCACAUUCUGGGCUAUCCGAACUAUCCGUCCUACGCCCUGGAGAACGAGAUGGCGGAAACGCCCGAGAACGUAAAGCAGUUUUUGUUCGAUCUCCGCGCGAAGUUGGAGGCGAGCGGGCGAAAAGAGCUGGAGGAGCUGACUCGUUUCAAGCACGAGUGUGGGGAAGAAGGCCCGCUGCAGCCGUGGGACUUCAGCUAUUAUAUAAAGAAGCUGAAGGAGAAGCUGUAUCAUGUGGACGAUAACUUGGUGAAGGAGUAUUUCCCGACGGAGCACGUCGUGUCGGAAAUGCUGAGCAUUUACCAGGAGAUCUUCGGACUGACGUUCAAAGAAAUCGAGUACGAGGAUAAGUGGUUCAGCGAAGUGAAGUGCUAUUCGGUGUAUACGCGCAGCGGCGAUUUGCAAGGCCUCUUCUUCCUCGAUCUCUACCCUCGCGAAGGCAAGUAUACGCACGCUUGCUGCGAGAACAUUCAGAGUUCGUCUCUUCUCGACGACGAUCGCGCUCUCCCCGUGGCGUGCAUGAUCUGCAACUUCCCUCACUCCACGCCGACGCUUCCCGCCACGAUCUCGCACGACGACGUCACGACGCUGUUCCACGAAUUCGGCCAUUUAGUGAACGUGAUGUGCAACAACCAGCGAAUCUGCAGCUUCGGUGCGUUCUGCGAGGAAACCGAUUUCGUGGAGACGCCUUCGCAGCUGAUGGAGCAGUGGACCUGGCAGAAGCCGGUGUUGCAGCGACUCUCGCGCCAUUACAAGACGGGCGAGCCGUUGCCGGAGAAGCUGAUCGACAAUCUGAUUCACAGCAAGAACUUCUGCUCUGCGUUGUUCAAUUUGCGCCAGUUGGCGUUCGGCAUUUUCGACUACACGGUGCACGCGGAGGACGUGAAAGAGCCGAUUAUUAACGUGUACAACCGAAUUCUGGAGGAGGUGUCGUUGCGUCCGGUGGUGAAGAACACGAUGGGACCUGCGAGUUUCGGACACAUCAUGUCCUCGAUGUACGCGUGCGGGUACUACGGGUAUUUGUGGUCGUUGGUGUAUUCCUGCGAUAUCUUCAGCAUCUUCAAAGAGAAGGGAAUCUAUAACCAGGAGGAAGGAACGCGCCUGCGCGAGAUGGUACUGAGCAAGGGAGCUUCGGAACGAUCGGCGAAGGUACUGCGCGAGUACUUGCAGCGCGAGCCGAAGAUGGACGCUUUCUUGGAGGAAAUGGGAUUACGUCAGUGGGGUGUUUGUUUGAGAAAUAAGGAGGAGGAGGAGAAGAAGAAGAAGAAGGUAUGUGAAUUGCUUUGUGGGGUACAAGAUACAGCAGAUUGUCGGUCGAGUUAUUGA